AAUCGCUUUUGUAAAAGGAACUCCUCAUUUGAGGAACUCUUUACUGUUUAUCAGUCUUCCUUGCUUGUCUCAGAGCCUGCUAAAAUGAACACCAUGAUAAGCUCAAUUUCGCCUAAAAUGGCGUCAAUAGCCACCAGAGACUUAUACUCUAUAACCUCAAAACCUCUCUAUCUCACCCACUUCCGCCCUCUAACAUGCGCCGCGGCCACCACCGCCUCAUCAUCACUCUCCUCUCUGGCGCGUCUGGUGCAACACCCACCUGACCUAAUCAAGUGGGUCAGAAAAGAAGGGGGUUUCGUCCACCAAUCCGUGAAGAUAGCGCAGGUCGACCCAUAUGGUCUUGGGCUGGUGGCCUCUGAUGAAAUCCCAAAAGGGUCUGACCUAAUUGCCCUCCCCCAUCACUUGCCGUUGCAGUUUGGGUCCAUUGAAACGGACGGUGGUGAUGGUGCUUAUUCUGUGUUGGCUAAUUUGGCUCGUCAAGUUCCUGAGGAGCUGUGGGCUAUGAGACUUAGUUUGAAGUUGCUGCAAGAGAGAGCAAAGACAGCUUCGUUCUGGUGGCCAUACAUCAGUAACCUUCCAGAAACCUACAGCGUACCCAUUUUCUUUCCUGGGGAGGACAUAAAGAACUUGCAAUAUGCUCCUCUUCUUCAUCAGGUAAACAAGAGAUGCCGCUUUCUUCUUGAAUUUGAGAAAGAAGUGAAACAAGCGCUUGAAAAUCUAAAACCAGAUGACCAUCCUUUUGGAGGCCAAGAUGUAGAUACAUCAUCCCUAGGAUGGGCAAUGUCAGCAGUGUCAUCCCGGGCUUUCCGAUUGUAUGGAAAAGAACUGCCAGAUGGGACUCGCAUCAAUAUACCUAUGAUGCUGCCACUCAUUGAUAUGUGCAAUCACAGUUUCAGUCCGAACGCUGAAAUUAUUCAGGAAAAAGUUAUGGGGAACCCAAAGAUGCUAGUUAAGGUUGUGGCAGGAACACAGAUCAAACAAGAUGAACCGUUAAUACUUAACUAUGGUUGUUUGAAUAACGAUCUUUUCCUUUUAGAUUAUGGUUUUGUUGUACCAUCAAAUCCCUUUGACUGUAUUGAACUCAAGUAUGAUGGAGGACUUCUGGAUGCUGCAAGCUCUGCAGCUGGGGUUUCAUCUCCUAACUUCUCUUCACCAGCUCCAUGGCAGCAGCAGAUUUUGUACCAGCUAAAUUUGGAUGGACAAGCUCCUCUUCUCAAGGUGAGCAUAGGUGGUCCAGAAUUAGUAGAAGGCCGAUUGUUGGCAGCCCUAAGAGUACUCCUUUCAAAUGACAUGGAAAGAGUACACAAGCAUGAUUUGAGUGCACUCAAGUCAUUGUCUGUGGAAGCCCCUCUCGGAAUUUCAACUGAAGUUGCUGCUUUAAAUACCAUUAUCGCUUUAUGUGUGAUUGCGCUUGGAAGUUUCCCGACAAAAAUAAUGGAGGACGAAUCCCUACUGAAGCAGAACGUAUCCGGUUCAACAGAAUUAGCAGUCCAGUUCAGAAUACAGAAGAAGUCUAUGAUUGUAGAUGUGAUGAGAGAUCUAACAAGGAGAGUUAGGUCACUCGUUUCAAAGGAAUCAGACACUUCUCGUAGUUAAGCUCCCAUUUUACAUGAUGGGAGAGUCUAUGAAAACACGCUUGAUCACUCUGCGAUGCCUCAAUUUUUGUGGACAUCUAUGGUGCUUUUCUCUUUUGCAUUAUUUUGGGUCAAUGCCAUUACUUACUUUCCAACGCUCUAUUAGUUUUCUCAUUUCUAAUUGUAUGAAUUCUUGAUGUUUUUCUUAAGUUGUAUAUUCCGAUACUCA